GGAAGGGGGGGGGGAAUUAUUUUAAUCUUGUAUUUUUAGGAUUGGGGGAUUUUAUAAGCGCAAGGGGCUGAUUCCAUGUCAGAAUCUGUGGGAAAGGGUGCAAAAAAAUUGCUUUUUCCCCGCGGGCAUUUUAGCUUCCCGGUGACGUCACGGAAGACACCCCCCCACCACCACCUUGAACCCGCCCCCGUUCGGUGUAUGUGUGCCGCGUGAGGACUGAAGAAAUGAUGGAAGGAAAGAGUAGUCUCUGUGUCCCUGAAGAAGAAAAUACAGCCCCUUCGGUAGAAGCAGAAAAUAUAACUGAGGUGGAAAUUAAGCAAGACAAGGGAGAUAGUAGCCAUGCAGAGAAUACAGAAAAUUGCCCUGAUAUGUACAGAUAUAUCAAAGGAGAUUUGUUUACAUCGGAGAUUUAUAAAGUAGAAAUUCAGAAUCUUCCAAAAUAUAUUGGCUUUAAUGAUGUAAAGAAAUUUCUUGCCAAAUAUGGACUUAACCCUCAUAAGAUAAAACUUUUUGGGAAACAAACUUUUGCAUUUGUGACAUUUAAAAGUGAGGAGGAAAGGGACAAAGCUAUGAAAGUCCUUCAUGGAGUCAUGUGGAAGAGCCGAUAUUUGAGUGUUAGGCUCGCAAAGCCUAAAGCUGAUCCCAUUGUAAAAAAGAGAAAGAAAGAAGGGGAGGACACUGAACAGAAAGAAGCAAAGCGUCCAGCUUUAGCAAAAGACAGUGAAGAGGAGCCUCUCAGUAAACAGAUAGCAGAUGUGGUGACCCCUUUGUGGAAUAUACCAUAUGAAGAACAGCUGACAAAGAAGAAGCAAGAGUGUGAACAAGUGCUGCAGAAACUGACAAAGGAAAUAGGAAACAACAACAAAGCCCUGUUACCUUGGUUGUUUGUACAGAAGCAGAAGUAUAAUAAAAUCUGUUGCCCAGUAGAGGGAGUGAAAGCAUCACCAUUACAGACUGAAUACCGCAACAAAUGUGAAUUUUUGAUUGGAAUGAGUUUAAAUCAAGAAGACAAAACUGUGGGUUGUCGCCUUGGCAAAUACAAGGGUGGAAGCUGUGCUGUAGUGGAACCAUUUGACACUAUUCACAUUCCUGCUGUUGCCAAAAAGGUAGUGAAAGCUUUUCAAGACUACAUAAGGUCAACCCCUUACUCUGUGUACAGCCUAGAAACCUACGAAGGUCACUGGAAACAGCUCACGGUCCGCACCAACAAAAAUGGUCAUAUCAUGGCAAUUGUUUAUUUUAAUCCUCAGAAAUUAAGUAAAGAAGAGCUUGUUGACCUGAGAACCUCACUGGCAAAGUACUUUACAGAAGAAACUGGAAAGGACAGUGGGGUAACCUCUCUUUACUUUGUAGAGGAAGGGCAGAGAAAAUCACCCAAUCGUGAAGACUUGCCCUUACAACAUUUGGCUGGUGAUAAGUACAUAUAUGAAGAGCUUCUUGGUCUAAAGUUUAGAAUUUCCCCCCAUGCAUUUUUCCAAGUAAUGUUGGUAAAUACACAGGCUGCAGAGGUUCUAUAUAAAGCCAUUAGAGACUGGGCCCAACUGAACCAAGAUAGCACUGUACUUGAUAUCUGCUGUGGAACAGGAACAAUUGGAAUUUCACUGGCAAAGAAAGUGAAGAAAGUUAUUGGUAUCGAACUCUGUCAAGAAGCUGUGGAGGAUGCCAAAGUGAAUGCCCAAAUUAAUGAUCUGAAUAACAUUGAAUUUCACUGUGGAAAGGCUGAAGACGUUGUUCCUUCUUUAAUUAACUUAUUAGCAUCACACAACCUGAUUACAAUUGUAGAUCCACCUCGGGCAGGACUACAUUCUAAAGUCAUUCUUGCAGUCCGAAGAGCUGAACACUUGAAGAAGCUCAUCUAUGUAUCCUGCAAUCCCAGAGCUGCCAUGAACAACUUUGUGGAGUAAGUUUUUGAAUUGGCCAGGUAAAGUCAGCAGGCAGAAUAUGCUUCCUGAAAAAAGUGAGGCUGAAUUCUUUUUGCAUACAAAUAGAUUAAGCAUAUUAGCUAUAGGAUUGUAUAGCAGUACUUGACCUUGCCUUGGGAGACCCACUUUUGAUUGUGUGAUGGCAGGCUCUCCCAGCAGGAGGGAGGAAGACUUACCCUCCAGUAGCUUGUUAAGUAGUAGACCUGAAAUGUAUGAUCAUCCUAUGAGGCAAGGGCUUUUCCUAGAAAAUGCAGACUGGUGUUCAUGGUCCAGGAAAAUUAAUACUAUACUUUGUUUUUCUCUUAAGUCUUUGUCGGGCCCCCUCCAAUCGUGUCAAAGGAACCCCUUUCCGUCCAGUUAAAGCAAUGGCAGUGGAUCUUUUCCCUCAAACUAUGCACUGUGAGCUGCUGAUAUUCUUUGAAAGGGUAGAACAUUCAAAUGGAAACUCUACUGAAGCAAGCCCUGACACAGCUCAGGUCAUGAAUACAAAUACAGCAGAUUCUACCCAGGAUGGCAGUAUUGACCCACUUGAAGAGAAAGUAGGAACUCUGUCUUCCACCUAAUGUUGUGGAAGGCUGGGCAGUUUGUUUGCGCACGGAUGUGCAUAUAUAUUAUAUACACUCAGGCAACCAUCUUAACCUAUUGAUUUCCUUCUAAGAGGCAGAAGUUACUUUUGCUAGUUAAAGAAUGUUGCAGUUUGAGGCAUCAGCAGAAACACUAUACAAGUUAACCUCUGUACAACAUACUAAUUAACCUGUCUUCCAAGUGAUGAAGGCUUUCAGUUAAGUAUACUGACAGCAGCAUUUUUCAACUCCAUGAAGGAAGAUUAGUUUAACUUUAAGAUGCUUAAAACAAUCCAAUUCCUACAAGGAAAAUAACCUUAUUACAGACAACUUGGAUCAAAACCUGCUAUUUUCACUCAUGCAUACUUAUAUUGAAGGCAUUGGGACAUCUUUCAGGAGUAAGGCCAGCAUGACUUGACCUAAAUAUUUUGCACGUUCUUCAUAAAAUACUAUCCAGGUAUGUUACUAGGAUUCAGAUAUGUGGAUUCCCUCCAAAAGUUGACUGAUUGUAGGAUUUUUUUUUAUGCCCAAGAAAUUUCUUUGUUUGAAGAUGAGUGAUAAAUAGCUGAGAGAGAACAUCACUUAAUGGCCAUCUGGCAGAUGGGCAAUUCUGUUGAACAGGAGACUUUUGCCUUGCAGACCACUUUAAAUAAAUUUGAUUUUUAAAAGCAUUGUUGAAAUUUUCCUUAGCCGGGAUGUUGGUUUGCAUUGAAAAGUGGUUUGAGUUGGCAGUUGCAGGUUUAUAAUAAAUUAUUUGCAUUAAAGCAAGCCUGAUUUUUAGUUACUAUUGUAAAAAGACUUUCCUGCUGCCCUGGUAUGUAGACUAAUUCUUUACUGUGGGGAGAGAGAUUCUAAACUCCCUCUUCAACUUGCUUGUAAUCUGAAAAAUACAUGAAGCUUACAUACUCCUAGUAGAAAAUGGACCUCUGUUUUGUGGUUCUGGUGAAGACAGUGGGUUGCCCCCUUCAGUAGAAGGAUCAGUCACCCUCCUUAAGUGUAACUGUUCUGAGUUAAACUAGAGCUAUGGGCCAAACUGAUGAUCUGAUGUUUGAGAUCCAAUACAACUUCUAAGGGAGAGAGUUUUUCUUGUUCUGUAAUAAAGUGAAAAGAGGACUGUACUCAGUGCUACCCCACUCCUGUUUCAAAAAAGAGGAAAGAUUCAGAACAAGACAAAUGUGCACAAAAAUACUCUGUUCCAGAGAUGGAGGAGGAAGAUAACAGAGCAGAGUUAACUUCCACAGCAGAUUAAUUCAUACAGGGUAUAAGGUUAGGUUAGGACUGAAACUAUGGACCUUACCAUGGUUAACUAUUCCUCUAGCACCUUCAGCCCAGAGUGCUGUAAUGUGAGCUUUCUUAGGCAUAUUCAAUCUACACAGAAGCUUUAUCUGACUCAGAGCAUAGCUGACACCUGAGGAAAUUCUGGGCAAGGCCGAAUUUGUGCAGAAUUCCAUUUUUUCCCCCCCUGCAGAAUUGGCAGUGCAGGACUGCUGCUAGGAGCUGUGGAACCCAGCAGAGCCGAGCUCGCAGAGUGGCUGCAUGGGAAGACUGUGGUUCUUGGGUUUGCUGGUCCUGCUCAGUCAUGUGAUGUGGCUGGGCCCUCUCCCUGCAUGGCAGCUGCUGGAGCCAGCAAGCUGCAUCCUGAAUGGAGAGGCAGGAUCGGUUUCCUGCUUUCCAGGAGGGGCAGAAACUUUUUAAAUUGUGGGGGCUCUUCCCCCAGCAGCAGGUACAGGUCAUCUCUGCUUGGCAGGACAGUAAUAGCUACACAGAGCCUGGGGCUGGGCUUGCAGGGGGGAGAAGGGUGCUGGUUGCUGGGUGCAGUCCCCUCCAGCAACCCUAAAUAUCCUCUUCCAGUAUACAUGCACCCCUCCAGUUCCCCCUCACAUUAUCUUCUAUUUGGGAACUUGAAAUAUGGUAAUUCUAGGGGUUCAGGGUGAAAAAACCUCCCAAGAAUUGACUACAAGACUGGAGGGGCAGUUUCCUUCGUCCCCUCCCCCCGAUGUGCACAGCUGGCACAUGUGACACACCCAGACUAAGGGACAUGACAAAAGCAUAACAGGAAGUGGCUUGUGGUAGGCGUUUCUUUAACUCUCUACUCCCAGGGGAAUCAUUUUUGUCAUCUGUAUUGUCAGACGUACUUGGACAAGUAUUUUGAAAUAAAUUACCAAAAUAAUUGAAACAGGCAUGAUUUUAGUGUGUUUUGACAAAUGUGCAGAAUUUUUUAGCACAGAAUUGCUCCAGGUGUAAUAGCUGCUUCUCCCAGGUGGAAGAAGUUGACCUGACUGCAUUAACACGUGAUUCAUGCUACCUUUCGAAGUUCAUUACAACUGCAACUUGACAGUGUUUUAUGUUUAUAAAGACAUUAGGUAAACUCCCACUCACUAAUGGGGCCAGGAUUUUACCCCUGCACUGCUGAACACCUCUCACUGUUGCAGUAGCUGCAGCAGUGAGAAUGAAUGUGCUGUCUCAUCUUCCCCCCCACACCCUCUUAGAAUUAAUUCCCUCCAGUGAUGCACAAGGGCUCAAGUUAAGUGACUGGGGACUUAAAGCUGUACACUUUUUUGUAUUUCCAUAGCACCUAGGAGCCCUCAGUUGUGGACCAUGACUCUGGUGAUGCUAGGCAUAACACUGUGCCUAUGAACUCAAGUAGAGAGUCCACAUGUGACCUAUUCUUUUUCAGAGCUAGUGUUGGACUAGAUCCUCUGCAUCAAGCUAUUUUCAGUGAGCUGGUCAGUAACAUUAAAACUUCAAAUACAAUAACUUCUCUAUCUACUGAACAAGCCAAAAGCACAUCAAGAGGGUGGUGUUACUUCAAGCCAAGUCCAGAAUGUAAGAAACAGAAACAUCAGUAAAGUUCAAUAACUUAAUCAGUUAUCAACUUCUGAAGUAAUUUAUCAAUUGAAGAAAUCUAAUACAGGCAGUUUAUCCUAAAGCUUACACAUUUGUAACUGAAGUAGUCUUAUACAUUUACAUACAGAAUACAAAAGAGGGAAUGUAAUGAUUUAUGCAGGGACAGCGUUUCAGGUUGUGUGGAACUUCUCCAUUAAUAAGCAGGGAAAAACAAUCUCAUCUCUGAUUUGGGAGAGGGAAAAACAGUUACCUAACUUUUGUAACUGUUGGUCUUAGAAUGGAAGGGACAUGAGCAACACAUCUGUUGCACAGUCAGAUUUUUGCCUUAACGGUAGCUGUAGGGGUUGUCAGUGGCGCGCUCUGGAGAGCUGUGCUCAUAUGUCGGUUUAUUUAGGUGUUGCUGGCCCUAUGCCCUCUCAGUUCCUUCUUGCUGACAACUGCAACUGAAGGGCAGGAAAUGGAAUGGACAUGAGCAACGCAUCUCGAAGAACAGUACAAAAGAAGAAAAAACGGUUACCUGAGUACUUGCUCAUGUUGAUUCCAUUCUAGGUGACUCUUAAGCAGUAUCCCUGGAAGUGGGCUUGGAGUUCAUGAUCCUGUGGUUUACAACACUGCUCUACCAAAGCCAGCAUCAUCACAGGCCUGCUGGGUAAGUGCAUAAUGAGAUGUAAACGUGUGGAUGGAUGACCACGUCGCGGCCAUGCAGAUAUCUUGAAUUGGUCGAGUGGGCGGUUACAAUCGCCGGUGGAGGCACUUUUGUCAGAUCAUAGCAGAAAUGGAUGUAGGUGGUCAUCUAUGAUGGAAUUCUCUGGGUGGACACAGGAAGACCUUUCGUCAUGUCCACCACCAUGACGAAAAACUGUGUCAACUUAUGGAAUGGCUUGGUCAUUUCCAUGUAAAAGGCUAGCAUUCUCCUGACAUCCAGAGAGUGCAAUUUAUGCUCUUCUUCUGACUUACGAGGUUUUGGAAAGACAGGUAAGUAUACAUCCUGGCUUGUAUGAAACUGUGAAACUACCUUGGGCAGGAAAGCCAGGUGUGGUUGCUGUUGGACCUUCUCCUAGUAGAAGACUGUAUAGGUUGGCUCUGAGGUAAGUGCCCUAAUCUCAUAAACCCUGUGGGCAGAUGUUACUGCCACCAAGAAAGAAGCCUUCCAGGAGAGUAGAAGAUGGGAGCAGGAAGCCAAAAACUCAAAGGGGGGAGGGCAGCAUGAGAUUCAGUUCCCAAGGCUAAUGAUGAGAGAGAAAACGGCUAUCCACUUGUGAGGCAAGGGGAAGGUGCUCUGACCAACCAUCAUGGUAAGAAGGAACUGAGAGGGUGUAGGGCCAGUAUCAUCUAAAUAUACCGAUGCAUGAGUGUGGCACUCUAGAGGGUGCUACUACCAACUCUAUGUAUACCACGAAGGCAAAAAUCUCCAACUCUGCACAUGGGUAUGCGCACACACCUAGACAUGAGCAAGCACUCGAAGAAGAAUAUAUCAUUAAUAUGCCUGGCUAAAGGGUUUUCAUUUUUAUGAAAAGCGGCUAGUUUUACCAUGAAAAUGUAAGUCAACAUGUUAUACCUGCUAAUAAAUGGUAAGAGACACUGAUAUUUGCAUAACAAAAGCAGACUUCAGUUAACUUCAAAAGACCAGGUGGGAGAUAGCUCAAGAAGAGGAUUCCCACUCAGACAGUGGCAACACAAUACUAUUAGUCAAACAAAUCAUUUUUAUAAUGUAAUAUCAAACUUUAUUGCUUAAAACUAAUUGUCUGAAAAAAUACACAUGUAGUACUCAAAGACCAAACACAAAGGCUUAUAUGAUUGUGCAGGAAAAAAAGCAAAGCAGAGGUUCAGUGAGAAUGAGGCUUUAUAGUUGUACCAAUUUAGCACUGGCAUCAAGCAACUGCACUCUACAGUUCAUACAGCAACCAUUGUUAUCUACUUGGGCACAUAAGAAUGCAUUAUUCACUUUUCCCUUCUCAAAUACACAUCAGAAUACUGUUCACCUUUUAUUUUGAUGAGAAUGGCAUUAGUUCUUGCACUUUUCUGAUACUUAAUCUAAAAUUCUUCCCCCAGGAAGUUUGACAAGGCAAUUACCUUUGUGAACUUUGCCCCAGAACCAAAAUAUAGUGCUUGUGUAAGAUGUAAUCAAGCUUUUAAAGAAAGAAUACUUAGAUGUUACAAGUGUGCAUUGUAUGUAAAGCCUAACAGUGUCAUAGGAAAGUGGGAGUUUACAUACAACAGCAAGAGUUUUUAAGCUUAAUAGAGCCAUUUCAAGCAUCUGGGAACCCAACUAUAUCUCUUGCUUAAUAAAUAUUUAAAGCUGAAUGACUUGUGUUUAAAUAGGUAGCCUCUGACUAUUUCACUGGAAGUCACAGUAAUUUUUCAUUCAGUACCAUAAAGAUUUGAAUGCACGCUAAUUUAACCCUUAAAGUCAAUACACCACACUUCUGUCGAGAAGCACAUGAUAUGCAAAGCAGAAUAGGUCUAAUUCCCAAAGGAUGGAACAGUUCUUAUUAAUACAUUCCAUCCCCAUAAAUAUAACCACCUUUCCUAGGAUAAGGGGGAGGAUAAAGAACAAAGAUCAGUGACAAAAGCAGUAGUUUUGCUUUAUGCAUUCAUACAAUCAAGAUCUAAACCUUUACAGCUGGUUACCUAAAAAACACGAGUUACAAGACAAAUUUAGGGUACAUCUUGAAUCACACCUUAGUGUUCAUGCAGAAGCAGAAAUUAAUGCAAUGACCUAUCCUCUAUCACAGCAGCUCGUGCUUAUGUGCAAAUGCAAGACUGUUACACUCCAAACAAUAGUAAACAUUAAAACACAAGAAUACUUCACAAUGACAAUAAACAGCAGUUAAGUUGUUUGUUCCAGCAGUUAUUGCGCUUUAUUUUCUGGACAACUCUCCAGUUAAAGGCUGCAGCAAGGUCUAAAUACCAUCCUUUUAAAGAAUGCAUAAUAUGUGAGAGGCUUUGGUUCACAAUGAAAUAUCUAGAUGCUUUAUUUAAGGGCAAUGGUCACCUUACGAUUCAGAUAGUGGCAGAUUGAGGUAAGACUAAAGCAAAAAUGCUCAAUACAGCAAUCCUCUUAGAACAUAAUACAAAUAAAUUCCUAAAUGAGGCAUCUAUGGAUAAUCUGCAGGUGGCCUGCAAAAUAUUGACAUUCUGAUUUUGGACAAAAGAUCCACAGGGGUGAUUUGUCUUUUACAGUAUUGUCCAAGGACAGAUUUUUUUUGCUAGAAAACACACAAACUGAAACACCACCUACUUACACAGUAAUAUAUUUAGGCAAAGAUAUAAGCCCUGUCUUCAUCAAAAUCAGAGAGAAGCAGCAACUACUGCUUGUAAGUACUGCACCAAUGUUACACAUCUUUCAAAAGAUGGAGAUUAAAGCUAUAUUAAAAGAAAAGAAGCAGAGGCAGUACUUUUUAGAUCGGUCACUUUUAAGAAUAACGUCUCAUCCUCCACCUAUCCUUCUGUACUGAAAACAGGAUUACAACUCACAGAACUCAAAAGCUGAAUACGAUAAUGAAGAUUGGGUGAGUUCUUAUUUGCAGACACCUCUGAGCAUAUCACUUAUAACAAUGCAAAUACAGAAACAGAUGAGACUGAUCUCAAAUAUCAGAAGCAAUAAAUUACAGAACUUUAGCUUGGGAUCAAAAAUUUAAGUUUUCUAAUUUCCAAAAUAGCAGGGCUGAUAGUAGAGGUGUUAAAAUCCAGUUGGCACGAUCAGUCAAUAUACUGCAGUAUGCUGUACUCAGAUUUCAGACAUGACAACUGUCUGGACAAGUACCAGACCUGCAGCAUUUAUAAGGAUUAAGAACUGUAUCUCUCUGUCCCACCAAUGAUUCAGGGAGCAUACAAUAUAGCAGUACUAAUAUCAACUCUUGGAUAAGUCAUUGGACCCCUACCACCAAACUGGCUUCUUGCCGUUUUCCCCCUUCUCAAGCACUAAAGGGUUCCCCCUUCAAAUCUGAGGAAUUUACUGCAUUAGCCAAUAAGGUAAAAACCCUAACUAAAGGGGAAAAGCAGUGCUUUCACUACAACCAAAAUAUUUCUUCUGUGCAUAACUUAUUAAAGCCUCAGCAGAUACAGUAAGUACUGCCCGUUUUCUAAGAUUGUAUUUCAAAAAUGCUUGCAUAUUCAUGUCCUUUUUCAUCUUAAUCAGUACACUCUAUUACGGUCUUAUUCUAGUCUUUUUUCUACGUUGUAUCCCAAAUCUACGUUCUAAUUUCCAUUGCAGAAAUUAAGUUUUUUAGUAUUUGAAGAAAAAUGUAAGUAAAAAGCCAGUAACAACUUUUUUUUUUUUUUAAAAUGUAAGACAGCUGCGAUCAGUUAGUUUAGCAUUUCCAAAGGCCAGGCCACAAGGAGAAAUUGUUUCAAAAAUCUUUCAUUUAAUGAAGCAAGUUAUCUAAGACUUAACUAAACAAGUAACGUGGCCAGACACCAAACAAAUUAAAAUUACUCUAUUACAGGGGAGUAAGGGUGGAGCUUCUUUAAACAAUGCACUGGCAAUAGAUUUCAGAAUACCCAUCAAGAGUCUUCAGUUAUAUUUCUCCUUCAAGCUCUGCAGAUAGCCUCUCGAGUGGCUAAGUUACUUGCAGUUUAUAUCAAAUUGCCGUGAUUCCCAACCUUUUCUCUGCCAUGGCACAUCUCGAGCUCCAGGGACUCUUCCCGCUGCCCCCAGCUAAGCAGCAGCAGGAGGGAAGGAGCAGGAGAUUGAGUUCUGAUUGGUUGUUCCACCCUUGGAGGAGGUGGGACAAUGAGGCAUACUGCCAAUCAAAAGGCAGUUUCCCCCCUCCCCCGUUCUCACAUAUAAUUUAAAAAAAAAAAUUCCACGACACACUGGUUGGGAAACACUGAAAUAGAGGGCCAAAUAUUUUCCCUUCCAAUUGGUUUGUAAACAAUCAUAACUUUUCCUUUAAAAUAAAGCCCAACAAUUUGGGAUAUCCAGCUUGUUGCUCUUAACACUACCAGGUACACUUGUUCUUUUCAAGUAGAAAAAAAAUCAAAACAAAAAAAAAACCAAAACAAACAAACCUGCAUACUGUGAUCUCAAAAAAAAUUAAAAGCAAACCAACCUUAGCCUGGCAGUACACAAAAUAAAAACGGCAUGACUGGCCUAAUCCUAUGACAUUAGGAACAUCGCUCAUCACUUUUUCCAUGUAUCUGUCAAAGUGUCUUAUCAGUGCAUAUUAUUAUGUGCUGAAAUGCAACAAAACUUUUCACAAAAAUAAUUUUAGGCAUGUUCAUACAAGAGUAUGUAUAUAUAAAAAUUUAUAUAUAAUAUAUCAGCUUCAACCUGUACAUAGAUUUUCUGAAUUUGAUCCUUAAAACACAUCCAUUCAAGACAACAUGGAUGACUUUCAAGGAAAAAGUGCUUCCUUAAAUGUAUCCUGUGUGAACAUGCCUAUAUCUUCUGUGCAUUUGCCCAAGUAGAGAUCUUUAUGAUCAAUCAUUUAAACAUACAUAUCUCAGGAGGUAAAAAAAAAAGUAAUAUUGCCCUGAUGAUGCAAAAGAACAAUGCAUAACUGAAGCAGCCAGGAUUGUAAAGUUAUCUUGCAUUCUGCAGCAAAUAGAUUCUUAAAUAAUUGUUGAAAGUAGUUUCUCCAUUUGUUAUUGCUCCCCGCUUGUAAGUUUUCUGGUCACACAUCAACAGUACACAGAGGUUCACUACCAGGCUGAGCUGAUUCUACUAUUGUCAUCUUGGGUUUCUUUCGAGUUUCCUCCUUUAAAGAAACAAAAAGCAAAAAAAAUCAAGGUUAAAACAAGUUUUUUUUUUUAAAAAAAACCAAAA